AUGGCUCUCAGAACCGCGUGGUGGAUGCAAACGCUUCCCAACCCAGCGUCUCAAUCGCAGACCCAGCCCGCCACCGCCAAUACCCCAAAUCAGCCUCAUCAAACUUGGCCGAAGAAUCUGAACACAACUGGAAUCAGCUUCGCCGUUCUAGAAGAAACGUUAAGAAAGUCUAGAGCCACCGCUUGUCGGAUUGAAAAACUACGAUUCGUACCUGGACUAUCUGCUGAUGGGAAGCAUGCUAGAUGGACGCCGUGCACGACCGUAAAUUCCAACAACGAUUUGAUCGCUCUGAUUCAGGAAGCGGACCCGCAAGAUGUACAUAGCGUCUUCUUCGAGGCUAUUCAGAUCUUAGGCUACUAUCUAGAUCUCACGCCACGCUUUUUCAACUUUCCGUACACGUUGCUAAGUACAGGGAAUGCUGUCGAGCAAUAUGUCUUCUUUUCACUCCAACUCUUUGAGCGCUAUGAAGGAAAGCGGGUACCCGCCGAAGCAACGCGCAGCGAUGCAUCGCCCACAGCCCGGUUCCGAGCCGCAACUGGAAUGCAUGGACACACUUGGCACGUUACGCGCAUAGCACUGCUAUUCGCUAGAAGUCUGGACCGCAAGAAGUUCCGCGGCUUAGUACACCUCGACCCUUUGGACACCACGAUAGCAGAAGGCCUGCAGAAACUCAUGACGCGGGAUGAACAAAUCCCCCCCGGUGAGGCCGAAGCGUACGCCGGACUGGGCCAGAUCCUUUCCGAAGUAAUGUACAUCACGACCUUCAACUGGGGGGUGUUCCUCGCCGAAGCAGAACUUCAUCUCCAGAUAUUGAGCCAAAAAUGCAUCGACGAGGAUCUAGAUAUCGAUGCCCAACUUAUGUAUACACGCGAAUUGCACCAGCUUUCCCCGCUCUGGGUGCAAGUCCGGCGCCGUCUCGUAUGCGUCAAAGAUCUCGCAGGGCAGAUGCUCGUGCAUCCGUUCUUCGCCGACAUCAAUGGGCACAAUGGCCGCGUGGCUAUCGAGGGGUAUCUCACGAAGCAGGUGAAUAUGGUUGAGGACCACAUUACGCGAACGAAGGAGCUCGAAGAGCAGACGGGCGUUUUGAUAAGUCUUAUUUUCAAUAUCGCCACUUUGCAGGAUACUCGGGCUGCAGUUGAGGAGGGGAAGCUUGCGAAUGCGUUCACGGCGAGCAUUAGACGUGUUACGCUUUUAACGUUUGUUUAUUUGCCGCUGAUGCUGGCUGCUAGCAUUUUUGGUAUGAAUCUGCGAGAGAUGACGGGGGAUCGGGAUAGCCUUUUACCCUCGAUAUGGUGGUAUUUCAUCAUAGCGGCGUUGCUUAUGCUCGCUACUUUUAUAGCUUGGUUCUUUUGGUCGAGGCUUUGCAUAGCAUGA